AUGCACGACUGGCAAAGCUCUGAAGAGAUUAUUCGAGAUACCUUCUAUCUCUCGAAGACGUUACAUAUCUGCAUAGGAGCGUCUAUCUGGGAAUAUGUUUCUACAUUCGAUUACGAAUGGGCCGUCCUGCGAGGGAAGAGACGAUAUCUGUGGACCAUUUGGGUACACUCGGGCUGUAGGCUAUCCAUGCUCCUAUGCUUUCUCCUCUUCGUUGUGCAACAGAGCGGUUGGAUGGCGUGGAACUGCACAGCGUUCUACAUCUCCGCUUUGGCCGCCUCGUAUGUAUCUCUCGGACUUGCGUCCCUUCUCAUUGUCUUUCGCGUCUUAGCCGUCUGGGAGAGACGGAAGCCUAUCAUAGUGGUAUCAUACCUCGUAUUGACCAUCAGUAUCGUACUAAACAUCCGUGACUUGACUCUCCUCAGAGCAUACUACAGCUCUGACUUUCAUUCAUGCAUUGCCUAUGACACCCUCGAGUUUGUGCCGAAUGUCGCCGGGGUACUCGCAUCAGAUGCUCUACUACUCGUUCUCAUGCUUGUCGGCAUUCUACGAAUGCGCGAGGCUCGGCAUUUCGGCAUCGCGCGCUUCCUGUAUCGUCAGGGUGUGGUGUGGCUCCUCUUGGUCAUGAUAGUUGAGAUACCCGCUCUAAUCUUUGCCAUAUUGCACUUGAAUGAUCCUCUAACCUCCAUGCUGCAGCCUGUCGAAGUUGUCUCUCUAGGGAUUUGCGCCACCCGUAUGCAUAGGGGCUUGUCGGAUUACACAUUCGCUCCCGGACCCAGUCUAGAGAUGGGCCCGAUGCAGUUCACCCCGCACCCAUCUUCGAUCAAAGACCCGCGCCAGCUACACGACGCGUGA